CAUUUCUUAAUCUCACAGCCAAUAACAUCAAAGCAAAACUGACCAAUCAGUGUACAGAAACAAGUCUUCCAGAAAGCGACUGAUAAAGACACUUCGCUUUCCUCACUACUAUACCGACAACUGUCCUCCUCAAAACUGUUCUCACCCAGGCGAUCAGACAAAGUGAUCAGAGGGAGUGGAGCAGGAACCUUGACUGUAAACAACACCUCCCUCACUGAUAGCAAGCUCUCUGUUGCUGUUAGAGAAAUGCUGAACACCACUGAUGAUGAUGCAAACUCCUCAUUUGAAGUCAGUUAUCUGGAGUCACUUGUGGGGACCAAUGCGGCGUUUCUAUCCUUCAACAUUUUCUUCGCCAUCACCACGACACUGGGCAAUGUGCUAAUCCUUAUUGCUCUUCACAAAGUGACUUCGAUUCAUCCUCCAACGAAACUUUUGUUUCGAUGUUUGGCGGUCACCGAUCUUUGUGUUGGACUCCUUUCACAACCGCUGUUUACAGUGAACCUUAUCGACGAAGGAAUAACAAACUCCGGCAUCACCAUUCCAGAUGUUAUUUUUACAAUAUGGCCCGUCUCCUCUCUAAUACUUUGUGGAGUCUCGCUCUUGACAUCAACCGCAAUAAGUGUGCACAGACUUCUCGCACUGUUGUUGGGUCUGAGAUACAGACACGUUGUUACAUUAAGGCGGGUGCGAGCGCUAAUUAUCUUCUGUUGGUUUUUAGUUGGUGCUUUAGUUGGCUGUACUAUUUUUGGUGAUUUGUCUUUUUUUGUAUAUAUUGUUUUAAUGCUUAUUUCUCUUAUCAUCUCAACCGUCUCUUUCGCCAAGAUCUAUUUCCGUCUCCGCCAACAACUGCUUUAUGUACAAGGCCAUCACCACCAAGAGCAACAACAGCCUCCCUGUGGUGUUGUACCGACUGCAUUGAAUUUAGCACGAUACAAGAAAACAGUUUCAGCCAUAGCAUGGGUACAGCUUGGAUUAUUUGCUUGCUACUCUCCAUUUUGUGUUACCUUAUUGUUAUUAUCGUAUGCAUAUCUUGACGCGUUUUCUGAACUUAUUCUUCUAAACAUUUCCUUAUCUUUACUUUACUUAAACUCAUCUCUGAACCCCAUUCUUUACUGCUGGAAAAUCAGAGAGGUGAAAAAAGCAGUAAAGGAUAUAAUUAGAUAGUUGUUGUUAGUCAAAUUGAACAUUUAUAUCGUACAAAACAAUGUAAAAGGUAUGGUCUGGAGGAUUUUUUCCCUCAGCAAAAAUAUUCAUGACAAGUUACU